AAUUCCUUAGCAUGAUUUAGGAUCAGUCUGUCAUUGAAUUUUGAUUCAUAGAGGUAUUCACGAGAUCUCAAAUUCAGAAAAAUAUAUUUUAAUCCAUUGAACUACGAGCUCAAUGGCUCAAACUCCGCACGACCAGUAGUUUCCUGAAAUCCGUGUGAACCUAUAAUCAUCAAUGUGAUCAUAGAAUAUUCCUUUAACCGCAUUUACAGCUUGACCAUCGUAUCCUGGAAACAGCCACUUUAGUUUCAAUCGCCUCGUUAUGGUGGUUAACGAGGAAGGUGGAUCUUCAUCCUGCAGUUCGAUAUUUGAUUGGAAGCACUGUUGGCAUGGCUGGUCUUCAGGUUACCUUGGGGAUAUCUACCCUUUUGUCAUACGUGCCAGUUUCCCUGGGCAGUGCUCAUCAAGCUGGGGCUUUGACACUAAUGUCACUGAUGAUCCUUCUCAUUCACACUCUGAGGAAGCCAUCGCCCUUUCUUCUUAAAUCUCUGCCUAAAGUUGCCAAGACAAUCUCUGCACAAAUUUAUUCUUCUUCUUCUUCUUCUUGUUUAGCUAAUGUGAUUUAUUCAAUUCCUCAUUGUGGAACUUGAAACGUUAUAAAUUGAUGAAAUAAUACAAGGACAAUUUUCCUUCCUGGAUGGUGCUUCAUGUUACAAGGGCCUUUGUGGUUAAAGAAACUUACCACAUUUUCGUUCAUGGGGAUCAGCUAGAAAAAGUUUGAUGGAAGAAGACGUAUGAGAGAACAUUGAUUGAUCAGAUAAGAUAUUUGUACAUUGGAAUGAGGUUGUGAGAGAGUGGUGAUAAAGAAUAGCACGAGACUAGAUAAAGUAUUACAAUAUAUUUUAAUACUAUCUCUUUCUUCAGUAGUCAAUAAUGCAUGUUAUAUUGUUUAAAUUUGUGUUGUAAUAAAUGAUCUAAUUGUUAUAUUGUAAUAAGUUUUACAAUAAUGAUAUAUGUACAUAAAAUGUGCACCAAAAUGAGAAGUGCAUACAGAAGCAGAACAUAUAGUUUGUAUCAUUGGCAGAGACU